UAAAAAUGGUACCGCCCUGCUGUUGUGUAGGCAACGAAUAGUUUUGCAUGGACGUGAUUGGUCGAUUCCAGAUUGCGUAAUCCACCGGUUUGUUGAUCUCGCAGGGGUUUGUUUCAGUGUGGAGGCCAGUAUGGAUCCACCGCGGGAUAUUCAAAAUUUCAGACGAAAUAGCAGCACCAGAUCUACCGUUUCCUCAUGUUCUUCACUCGCAAUGGAGAUCAAAAGAAAGAAAAUAAGAGAGAGCAUGUUUUUUGCAAACGAGGACUGUGACAUUCAAGAGAAGUUGGACUUUGAGAUGCGAAUGAGAGCGGGAGCUUACAAGCUUCUGGUUGCCAGCACUAAGAAAGAGCAGGUGUUAGACGCCUCAAGGAGUCUUUUAACCUGUAAUGCCAGAAUUAAAGCCUACAUGGAUGAAGCGCAGAUGAGAAAUGGGCAACUGGAAAGCAGAAGGCCUUCAAACUCUCAAAAUCAAGCUCCUUGUAAAGGGAAGGUGGCUAUAUCUGGUCUGCGAAUUCCUUUGUUUUGGAAAGAUUCUGAACAUUUUAACAGCAAAGGAAGUGAACGGAGUGUGGCAGUCUUUUGCUUGGUGAGGAUUGGCUCAGAGAUUCUUGACACAGGAAUGGUGAUUGCAGACCCAUCAGUGACUGAUAUAUGCUUUGAGGGUGUAAACGUAUUCUCUGAUGCUAAGCCAGAUUUUGAAGUAAAAGUGGAGCUGUAUAGCUGUGGACUAGAGGAGGGAACCUUUGUCAACACUCCCAAGAAACUUGCCAGGAAGCUGCGCUCUUCAUUCGGCAGAUCUUCAAGCAGGAAACUCUGCCCCCUUCUGGAUGGAGGAGACCCAGACACUUUUCUUCAGUCCAACCCAAUUCCACAAGGUGCACGAUACUCAAUGCUAGCGUACACCACGCUGGGUCUUGAGCAGGCGGAAGGCUCUUUCCAAUCCCAUUCUCUCAUGAUCCUGCAAAACGUGGAGGCUUCGUCAUGGCUGCCGCUCUAUGGAAACCUGUGCUGUCAGCUGGUGGCUCAGCCUUACUGCAUGACACAAGACAUGAUGAGAGGCUACCUGAGCCAACAGCAAAGCAUUGAGGGUUUGCAGCGCAGCUGUCAACUGUACUGUACGCUAAGGGCUGGACGUCUUUCUUGCUAUUACUCACCAGAAGAGAUUCAAGCUAAAAUGGAGCCCAGUCUCAUUAUUCCCAUUAACAAGGAUACUCGUAUCCGCGUUGUAGAUAAGGAUCACCAGAGGACAGGCUCUAGACUGACCCUAAUAAACCCUGGAAAUGGAGACUCUGCCGGUCAUGUUUUUAUAACUGAGACUCCCGAUGUCUUGAAGGAGUGGCUUGAUGCUUUAUGGCAACAUAAUUAUGACCAGAGUCAGUGGCAACACGCAUGCAGCAAGCUCAUGGAAAUUGAGGUUUUAUCGCCAAGGAAAACCCCACUCUUUCUGACGAAGCAAGCAGAUUCUGUUUAUAAUGAUUUGAGCAUUGGCUCCCCUGGGAAAUUCGAAAGCCUGACUGACAUAAUACACAACAAGAUCGAGGAAACUGAUGGGCGCUUUCUCCUUGGUCAAGAGGAGGAAAGACAGCCUCCUCAUUGGGGGGCACUGUUUGAGGGAUCUCGACCAGUUGUAGUCCAAAAAACGAUUCUGUCGCCGGGUAAAGAAAGCAUCCAGUCGAUUACAAGCCCCCCCACGAGCACCAAAAAGAAGAGGAGAGCUCCUCCACCCCCUCCUGAUAAAUUACCAUUUGUUCAACCUACCUGCAUCAUAUCUAAUCAGGAGAAAGAGAACUGUAAAGGGGCAAGGCCUCGAACAGGGCGACCAUCACUGGAUGCUAAAUUUUCCGCCAUCAUCCAGCAGCUGCAAAAGAACCAAACUUCCUCUCGGAAAAAUGCACCUCUAGGACAGAUUGAGCCCUGUCAACACCCUUACAUCCCAAUAAAUGAAGAGUCUGAUCAAAUACACAAUCAGGAACCUCCGGUGCCAGCCCCCAGGAACAAACUGAGGAUGUCAUUCAGAGAGAAGAUGAACCCCAAAGCCUGGUGAAUUAAUCAGACAUCUGUUUGUCUGUCGUGAUGAAUCAUUUGUUCUGUAAAAGUUGAAAUGCCCUCGAUGGACACUUUUUUUUUUAUUGAUCCAGCUAUAUCAAAGGUUAAAAGUGUAUGGAUGUAAAUGUAUAAAUUGUCUUGUUUGUUUGGCCACAUCAUUUUUAUAAUGGUCCUUUAAAUCCAGUUCUGCUGUAUUUCAAGUGCUUAAUUUACGGUUUAAGAAUUGCGUAUUAGUUGUGUAUAACGUGUUUAGCACUAAUUGUUUGUAACUGACCAAUUAAGAUAUAACCACUACAACUAAGCACUUUGAGGUUUUCAUUUUCUACCUGUGACAUUUUGUAUGCAGCUUCUACUUAUAUUUUAUAUCAAUGACCUGAGAAUAUAUGGAAUGUUUGGUAUGCAUGUCUUUAAACACUAGCUCAAGGUGGUGGUGUAAACACUUGGACCUGGAACCUAUACAUUACUUUUUUAUUUUGUCUAUCAAUAAGUAUUUGAUUUUAACUUUGUUCUUAUUAGUCACUUUGUGUCAACCACCAUAUUGCAGCAAGUGGUUUGUAAGUAGUCUAAGCCACAAAGACAAGUCGAUGACUGCACAUUAGUUGCUCUAAAAUACCAACGGUGGGCAUGUUUCAUUGUAUAUUUCUUUUAUACUGUCGUUUCAUUUAAUGUUUUAGAACUGAAUGUUCAAGUAGCACAAACAUAAUGCAUUCCACUAAAUCUUAUUAUUGCAGAUUAAUUGUUGGUACUUGCUGUGCAAUACUUUUUUAUUGAUUUGAUUCUAUUUCUGUAUUUUAGUAAGUAAUUCACUGCAUGAAACCCAAAUGGUGGUCUGUUCAUUACCUGGUUAACAGGAAAUGAUACAUGCUGUG